AUGGCAGAGAUUGGCUACGAAUGUUUUGUGAGCGGGACUGAGCGUAUUCGGGGCACCUUUAAACAGCAAGUACAAGACUUUCAUGUUAGAGAAGUAAAAAGGAGUGGUGAGAUAUGUCAGUUGACAUCUCUGCUAUCAUCGGAGACAAUUCGCCAGGAACAUAUGCAGUGCUUGGAAAGGGAGGCUGGUCUUGGCAUGAUAACAGAGAACUACGAACUGGCGGAGGAUGUCCGAUUAGGGCUAGCCGAAUUCAUGAAGGAUAGCGACAUUGAAUCACUAGUGACUUUUAUCCGGGCCGUCGGAAGGUAUCGCGUAGUAGCCGAGAGAUUCCCUUAUGAAGGGGUACGUAGAAAACGCCCACAGGAUUCACGCAGAAGGGAUGACCGCCGACCGUUUGGCGAAAAGCGUGAUGGUCAAAAGCGUGAUGCUCAAAAGCAUGAUGCUCAAAAGCAUGAUGCCCAAAGGCAUGAUGCUCGUGUAGAAGAUGAUAAAAUGGCGGAGGAUGCGAACAAUGAAGAGAGCAAGGAGAAUGUUGAGAUGGGUGUUGAGGAAGCAGAUUCGGCAGACAGAGAGCGCCGUAUGAAGGAGGGUGAUGACAUUAGACGUUGGUUGCUGAAUAUGCAAGCCAUCCUGGUGUUAGACGCAUUUACAUUAUCACCUAAAAUUUCGGCACCUAAUGUUGAUGGACCUAAUUUUGAGGCUGGCGUUGAUGGACAGGUUGAUGCGAAAUUGAUGAAAGAGAAGAGGAAGCGUCUUCAUGACUUUAUUCGUCAACAUUUACCAUUCUUAGUAACAGACACAUGCAAUACAGGAGGAGUGUACGAGUCUCAGAACCGGCCAGCGCCAAAGCUAGGUUUGAGUCUGAAAGGGGAGAUGCUGGAAGCGGCGAGUUGCCGAGUAGUUUAUGAACCGAGCGAUCUGUUGCGUAAAUUAGCGUUUGAACCUUUCUGUAACAAGUGCAUUGUGGAUGUUGCACCCGAGCUGAAUGAGUUAAAGAAUAAUGUUGACGAGUCAGUAGCUGAUGCUGAUAUGUAUAAGUUCUUCCGAGUGAAGAUUAAGCCAGCGUUAGCCUUUUUGUUAACAGGUCGGCCGUUGAAUCAGGCGCCAUCUAACCGUGAUUCUACGACAAGAUGGACAAAUAGUUUGCCUCAAUAUUUGCACUUUACUUUAUUGAAAACGAAUCGUGAUUCGAACGAAGCUAUAGUCGCUAUAUGUCGUGGCAUGGGCAUCAAGCCUAAGUUGGUGUCUGUUGCUGGUACUAAAGACAAGCGAGGAGUUACGGUGCAGAGGGUUUGUUUGGAACGAUGUACAAUACCACGGUUAUUGCGAGCCACUACUUAUCGCAACUGGGAUCAGUCGUUGAAAAUUGGAGACCUACAUUACGAGACCAAACGCAUACACUUGGGCGACCUAGAAGGAAACCAUUUCCGCAUUGCCCUGCGACACGUACCCCUCAGACAACUAAAAAGCGAUUUAGUGCCGGAAUUGGUCAAGAGCAUUAAAGAAAAGGGCUUCAUCAAUUAUUUCGGCAAUCAAAGAUUCGGUACGAACCGCACUCCAACUUGGAGGGUCGGCGUGGCCUUGGUACAACAAAACUGGGAAGAAGCUGUCAAUCUUAUUUUCGGCAACAAAAUUGUUACCACUCAUGCAAGACGACCCACCUCCAAUAACUUCAAACGCCGACGCUUCAAUAACCCCGUCACCGACCAGCCAGCAGAUAACGACCAGCCAGCAGAUAACGACCAACCAGCGGAGGACGACCAGCCAGCGGAGGACCAGCCAGUGGAGGACGACCGCGAGAUAGUGGACUGGCGAGCCACCGCCAGGCGCCUGCGUCAUUGGGAUAGGAUCGAGAAGACGCUUGUGGACAGCUUGAUUCCAUACCCGACCGAUUUUGUCCGAGCCUUGCAGCAACUACAUAAGAACACGUUGUCUAUGUAUUGCCACUCAGUCCAAAGCCUCGUGUGGAAUCAAGCGGUGUCAGAGCGCAUAAAGCGGGGCUAUCAGAUCUUCGUGGGCGACCUAGUUUUGGUCGAGGAGGUGGCGGCUGGUACCGAAGACCCGGCGGCGGCUGGUGCAGAAGACUCGGCAGCGGCUGGUACCGAAGACCCGGCGGCGGCUGGUACCGAAGACUCGGCAGCGGCUGGUACCGAACACCCAGUCGGGCCGGAAGACCCAGUCGGGCCGGAAGACCCGGUCUCUGCGGAGGUAGAAGCCGACGCGAGAGGGUAUCGUGUCAAGGUAGUGGAAAGUGAAGAAGAAGCUUCGCAGUACGACAUCACUCAAUUAGUGCUCCCUCUGUUCGGCGAGGGUGCUCAAUACCCCCCCAACAUGUUGAAGUUCUACGAGGAGAAAGUUAGUCUCCUAAUUCCAGGAGUCACUCUAGCCGACUUGGAGCAUGGUCAGCACCGUAUCGCCAGACUCAUGGGGAUGCCGCGUAAGGUUUUGGUGAAGCCUAAACAUGUCCACUACCGAAUCAUUGAUCACCCCGUCCCCAACUUCACCCCUCUACUCGCUAGCGACUUGGACCGACUCCUUAAUCGAGAUAUAGCACACAUGGAUGACUUCACAGACGGACUGAAGAUCAUCACACCUAAGGCUAACAUCGACCGAUCAAUCGACCGAUCAAUCGACCGAUCAAUCGACCGAUCAAUCGACCGGGACAAGGACGAGCGUGUUUCUCAAGACGUGCAAGUUCGUCAAGACGUGCAA